CUUCCUGGGCGUGAUCGGAUGUACUCGCUGUGCGGUGUGUUGUUUUCGUCUUCACUUCCUAAGGCCGGCGCCCUUUGGAAAAAAGGAUGGAGUUGUGCGAAAUACUGUACAACAAGGCUGAGUACAUAGAAACGGCUUCUGGUAAUAAAGUGAGCCGACAGUCUGUGCUAUGUGGAAGCCAAAACAUCGUGCUCAAUGGCAAAACAAUUGUUAUGAAUGACUGCAUAAUUCGGGGAGACCUUGCUAAUGUCCGUGUGGGACGGCAUUGUGUCAUCAAGAGUCGAAGUGUCAUUAGGCCUCCGUUCAAAAAAUUCAGUAAAGGAGUAGCAUUCUUUCCUCUUCACAUUGGAGACCAUGUGUUUAUUGAAGAAGACUGUGUGGUUAAUGCAGCGCAGAUAGGAUCAUAUGUCCACAUAGGAAAAAAUUGUGUUAUUGGUCGACGAUGUGUUCUCAAAGACUGCUGCAAGAUUCUUGACAACACAGUCCUGCCUCCUGAGACAGUUGUUCCACCUUUCACUCUGUUCUCUGGCUGUCCGGGUUUGUUCUCUGGAGAACUCCCAGAAUGCACACAGGAGCUAAUGAUUGAUGUCACAAAGAGCUACUAUCAAAAAUUUUUACCCUUGAGCCAGAUUUAAAAUGUAACAAGAGAAGAGGACUUAAUAAUUAGUGGGGUGAUCCUGGAUUGCCCAGAGGAGACCCAUUUAUUGGAGGCGAGAGAUGCCUGAAUUCCUGUCUGUCCCAGCCCCAUUGUGGAUGAGACUGGUCAGUGUGGCAGAUCAAGGUGCUCAGCUGUAUGUGUGGGUAGGGAUGAGAAUAAAAAAAGUUCUAAAUUUGUUCUAGGUAUCCAGUCCUAUUUAAAAAGCAUACCAUUCCAUCUUGAGUACUUUGUCUAAUUAAGCGUUUUAUUUAUUGUUUAUCAAGCAAAGCUAAGAUUACUCCCUAUUAGUAUCUUGUGUUAUGUGUUCUUAUUUCCAUUUAUGAAACAUGUGUACAAGCCAUCCAUGAAGUUGAAAAAGUUGGUAAGAAAUGGAUUAAUAAAGUGAAGUAUUCUGUGUGUAUCAGAAAA